CUGUCUAUCCAUGAGCUUGAAGAUCCCAGAGACCAGCGCCACCUGCUGGUGAUGAAAGGUGCUCCUGAGAGGAUCCUGGAACGCUGCUCCACCAUCAUGAUUAAGGGCCAGGAGUUGGCCCUUGACGAGCAAUGGAGAGAAGCUUUCCAAACAGCUUAUAUGGACCUUGGUGGACUGGGCGAGCGUGUGCUGGGUUUCUGUCACCUCUAUCUUCCCCAGAAUGAGUUCCCCCGUGGCUACCACUUUGACAGUGAGGAAA